AUGACCCUUGGAGACAAAGGCGCCACUCAAGCUCGCAUUCAUACCUUGGAGGAGUCCGCCGAGAUUCUCGAUGUAUUCCAGCAAUUUGGUCACUCAGAGAUCGACACCGCCCGAGUGUAUGGUGGAGCAAGUUCUGAGAGAUUUCUUGGCCAGCUGGAUUGGCAAAAGCGAGGUAUUGUCAUGGAUACAAAACUAUCGCCGAGCAGUGGCCAAUAUAAUCACACGCCUGAGGGUCUUCGGCAAGGCCUUUUGGAAAGUCUGAAGGAUCUCAAGACUGACAAGGUUGAUAUGUGGUACUUACACGCGCCGGAUCACAAUACUCCAUACGAAGACACUCUUCGCGAAGUCAAUAAACUCUACGAAGAAGGCUACUUCAAACGCUUCGGAAUCAGCAACUAUUCUGCCUGGGAAACCGCUCAGAUCUGCGAAAUCUGCAUCCGCAAUGGGUGGAAGAAGCCCGAUGUCUACCAAGGCGUGUACAAUGGUCUCCAUCGAGCAGUAGAGCCUGAGCUCUUUCCCUGCCUUCGCAAUUACGGGAUCGCAUUUUACCAGUAUAACCCAGUGGCGGGAGGAAUUCUCACAGACAAGUACAAGCUUGACUUCAAAGAACAUGAAGAGGGUAGCCGCUUUGACCCCACGAAGGCACAAGGUAAAAACUACCGAAACCGAUACUGGAAUGAGACCUACUUCAAGGCCCUAGAUGUUGUCAGGCCAGUAGCCGCCAAGCUCGGCAUCCCCACCGCGGAGGCAGCUUUGAGAUGGUCUGUUCAUCACAGCUUGUUGAAGAAUGAGCAUGGUGACGCAGUCAUCAUUGGAGCAAGCAGUGCCCAACAAUUGAAGGAGAAUUUGACAAGCUUGGAGAAGGGCCCGCUACCGGAUGAGCUAGUUGCGGCGUUUGAUGAAGGAUGGCAAGUGGCCAAGGCGGUUUGCAGACCGUACUUUCAUUAA